AGACGAGCCUCAGGCCCUCAGCCCACCACACACACCCCGCAGCCGCACGAGUAGGGCGAGAUGAGCAGCGCCCGCUCGCCGUCGGCGGCGCCGGAGCUGCUGGACGACGACGAUCUGCUGCCGGAGAUCCUCCUCCGUCUCCCCCCGCAGCCGUCCUCCCUCCCCCGCGCAUCCCUCGUCUCCAAGCGCUGGCGCAGCGUCGCCUCCGAAUCGGCCUUCUCGCGCCGCUUCCGCCGCCACCACCGCCUCAACCCUCCCCUCCUCGGUUUCUUCCGCGUCGAGCUGAGGGGCCGCUUCGAGCCCCGCUUCGAGCCUUCCCUCGACGCCCCAAAUCGGAUCCCACCCGAACGCCUCUCCUGGCGAUGGAACAAGGGUGACGACUGCUACGACCUCCUUGGAUGCCGCCAUGGCCUCGUGCUAGUCCUCAACAGAGCGCACACGCAGGUCCUGGUCUGGGACCCUGUCACCGGCGACCGGCGCCGCGUCGCCGUUCCACCGGGGCUCAAAAUUGUUGGAGCCCCGAUCAGCGGGACGGUGCUUCGCGGUGCCGGAGACGACGACCACUUCCAGGUGGUCUUGGUAGGCACUGAUGGUGAGGAGGGACAAAUUACAGAAGCGAUUGCCUACGUUUACUCGUCGGAAAUUGGUGCGUGGGGUGAUCCCAUCUCGACACCGCUUCCAUCCAAGCAUGCCAUUGUUUCUGUCAACAAGACUGCUGUGAUGGUUGGGGAUUUCAUAUGCUGGUUGCUCAAUUCGGUUGGGAUUCUUGAGUUUGGUCUUGAUAGGAAGAGGCUAUCCUUGAUACCUGUGCCUGCGGGCUUGGAUUUAGGGAGCGGCAGUUACUUCUUCUCAGUUAUAAGGGCAGAUGGCGGUGGGCUUGGUUUCCUCUUUUUGUCAGGCUUCAAUGCCCAAUUGUGGAAGAGGAAGACCGAUUCUGAUGGUGUUACUUCAUGGGUGCUGGAAAAAACUAUUGAAAUUGAUAGGUUACUUCCUCCGGAGGAUGUAGAGGCGAGACGGUCCCUAAUGAUACUAGCGUAUGCCGAAGACAAUGACAUGGCUCUCAUGUGGACAGGUGUUGGUCUCCGUGGUGGUCUGUUCACGAUCCAGCUUAAGUCAUUGAAGUUUGAGGAACUCUUGCGAAACACCACCCUUGGUUACUUUCACUUAUUCGAAAGUGUCUACGCUGCAGAAACAUGCAUUGGUGGUGGAGCUGGUCUUUUGCACAACAGAUAAGAUGGUUGCCCUGUUAGAUAUGCUAUUGUGAUGUACUGGUUGAGCAGGUAAGCCUAUCUUCUACAUGUAGGUUGGGGUAGUUGAGCUCUUAAGAAAAAUGUAUUAGUUUCCCUUUUACUGCCAUUUCUCAAGUACAUGAGUCUCCAUUCUCUUCCUCAUGCCUUUGCCCACCUACCUUCUCUUUUAUUUGCUGAUGUUCUACCCCCACUCCAAUGGAUGUGCUCUUUCCUUACCUUCCAUGUCCCUGUCCAUCCAGCUACCUUGAUUUUGGUUACUCCCUCCUUAGUACUCCCCCAGUUCCUUCUGUUAGUGCAGGUUCUUCUCCCUCCAACCCCUCAGAUGAAUGAUGCCUUAGGAUCCUUACCCUUUCUGGGCAUAUGUUCAUCUC